UUAUGGUUAAGUUCUAUUUGUAAACUGUAAACUUAGUACUGCCGUUUGAUGUUGGAAGCCUUUAUUCGCAGAACGAUCGGAUCGUCUCUGAAAUUAGUGAUAGCUAUCGACUUUUCCUAGCAAUAUUUGAGCGUCUAACGUAUUUGUAUCGUUUACGCAAUGGACGAGUAUGACGAACCGUCAGAUGUCGAAAUGGUGCCUUUUGAUGAAGUGGAAAGAUCUAAAGCUACAUUAAAGCCAGAAUUACAGACAUUGGAGAAUAAUUCUGAAAAAUCAAUAGACACAUCAAGCAUAGAUAUAUUUAGCAUAAAGGAAAAAUUGAAGUUAGAGGAACGAGCAAAGCGUUUUGGCUUGGCAGAAAAAUGCAAUGAAUUAUCAAAUCUAGAGGUUGAUUUGUAUAACAGCUUGGGUAUUAUAGAUGAUGAGAACGCAAAGAAUGUUCGAUUGAAUGUAAUUCACAUGAGAGGAACUGAAGAUAUGAGCACUCAAGAUAUAUUCAAAUAUUUUCAAGAUUAUUCUCCUGUAUCAAUUGAAUGGAUCAAUGAUGUAUCAUGCAAUGUAGUCUGGUUUGAUAAAGUAAUGGCAGCUAAAGCUAUGCUGGGAUUAUCUAAGAGAAUUUUAGGCAGUAUUGCAAAAUAUUCGGAUCGAGAGAACGAUUCUGAAAAUAGAAAAGAUGACACAGUGAAAGCAGAUGAAGAAAACGAACCUAUCAAUGCAGACAAGAAUGGAAAGGAAGACAAUUGCAUUAGCAUUAAAGAUAUUGAUUAUCCAUUACCUCCUGGUAUAUGGAGAAAAGGUAUCGAUUACCCAAAAUCUAAAGGAAUCUACUUGAGAUUCGCUACCAAGGCGGAUAAAAAACAGGGCAACGCGGAGAAAAGAAGUGAAUACUACAAAAAGUAUGGAAAUCCCAACUUUGGAGGUAUCAAAGGAAUUCUAACGGAAUCUCGUAAGCGUAUGUACAAGCAAACAAAACAAAGUAAACAUAAAUCAUUGAACGAGGACAAAAAUGAGGAUCAAGCAAAAAACCCAUGGGGCACAUUGUCUGAGACAUGGGGUUUGAAUGAUGUUGUGGAGGAUGAUUUUCUUCCAAAGAAUGGUGUUAAAGAUCAAGGAUGUAGCAUAAAGAAAAGACUAGGUCUCAAGUACCCGGAAAAGGAUACGGUAGCUGAAGAAUCGGGUGAGGCUAGUUCGAGUAGCGAUAGUGACGAGAGUUGGUGUAAACGGAGUAAAAUUCCCCGCAUGCGAAUGCACGCUGAUGAUGAGGAGGAAAAAGUACAGAAGCGUCGAGAGAAACUUCGAUUCCAAAUGAUUCUGAACAACUUAAAUAACAGCGGUGACUUGCGAUCAAAGUUAGGAAAACCGAAAUCAAAAAUGCAAUAUCAUGAGCCCAUUCAAGUAGUAGUCACAAAUACGAAUGCUGUAAAUUCGAAACGCAAUAAUUCCGGAAUAAUUCGGCAGCAGGGCCACCAGAAUGUGAAAGAAAUACACUCGAUGGAAAGAGAAGAAGGAGAAUGGCAGGAAUCGGAAGAGGAUGAACAUGAAGAAGAAGAUAAGGAGGAACAGAGACUUGGCCAGAUGAAUACAGAAGAACGAGAAGAAGGAGAAGAAGAGGAAGAAGAAGAAGAAGAAGGUGAACAUAAUGAAGAUGAAGAAGAGAGCAGCGAAGAAGAUGUAACUGCAAAGGAGAUUCAGGGUCCUAAAGGCAGUGUGAUAAAAGUAGUCCCGCCCAAACCACGUAUUGCAUCCACUGUGUGGGCAAGAUUAAAUCAUGGAAAAAGCGAAGCUAAUGACAGCUACUUAAAAAAGAGGUUAUCAAACAGCCGCGAUUUGAGGACUACUCUAAAAGGCGGUGACCUGCGAUCACGUAUUGGAAAUCAUACCAGAGGACGUUCUCCGUUGAGAAUAGAAGUAAAAAACGACAAGUACACAAAAAACAAAGAUUGAUUCCUGUACGAACAAACUAAUUGUUCAAAAACUUGAAACUUGUAAAAAGCGCUCCAUUCAGAUGUAGUGUUUUAAGAUUUUUUCGUAACAUUUUAUAUCGGCUAC